UUGUCUCGUCGUACUUACCGUCUGCCUGUACGGCUUCGGGCGGAGUGGGAGGAGGGAGAACGUAUUGCUGCAGGAUCGGUUUCCUUUACUGCGAUCUCACGACAGCCUCGGUCGUCGGAGUAUGCUGGCUCAGACAAUCAUCCAAGUUCCGUCUUGCAUGAACCCGCCGUGUCUAAGUGCCGCCGAUGCCACCCCGCACAGACUUCAGAACAUCUUGCAAGGGCUGCAAGACUUCGAGGAGAAGCUCAAGGAUUUCAGCGGAAACUCCAACGACUGGAAGGAGAAGAUGAUGGACGCUGAGAAGCGCGAGCGAGUGAAGCUGGGUGACGUGCAGGCCAAGUCAGACGAGGUCUGGCAGGAGGAAGGAAACGUCAUCAACUUCUUGAAGACUCCUGGCCCCGCGGGUCCUCGUGGCAGCCCCGGCAGCCCUGGACGUCCCGGGCAGAACGGAUUCGUUGGUCUGCGAGGUAGCAGAGGGCCCGAAGGGAAGGACGGACUGGACGGAGAGCCAGGCAUUCCAGGUCCUCCUGGUCCCCCUGGAGCCUCUGGAGCUGCAGGCCCACCUGGCAUGGAGGGUCCCAUGGGGAUCGAGGGAGCCGUAGGACUGAGAGGGCCGGAGGGGUCGCCAGGGGCCAUGGGAGCACGCGGAGACAAGGGCGAGACUGGCGACGCAGGACUUUCGGGCCCGAUGGGUCUGACAGUCGUCGGCGAACGAGGCCCCAUCGGUCCCAUGGGACACGCGGGCCCAACGGGCCCACCGGGACCAGCGGGACCGGAAGGAGCUCAAGGGCUGGAAGGACAUGUUGGGCUCCAAGGCGAGCGCGGCGCCAGCGUGGGAUGGUGGUACCAUGGGGCGGAAGGCGCCAAGGGUAGAGGAGGAUCAGAGAGCAAGAAGUCAGACAAGUCGAAGUCAGAGGGCGAGAAGCUCGCGGGAUGCGGCAAGGGCGGCUGCUGCGGACCUUCAGGACAAGACCACAUAGGGAACAGCGGCUUCUUCCUCGGCUGCAACACUCUCGAGGCCGGCUCGACCAUCGAGAUCUACACGGACAAGUUUCCCGUCAAGGGCAACAGCCAGAAGUCGAGGCAGCUGAGCAAGCUCAAGCAGCAGAAGCUCAAGCAGCAGCAGCUGCAGCAUGUAGCAGCGCUUCCGGGCCAACAGAAGAGGCUGAGGCGUGGCGCGAGACAUGGCGAGCUACACUGAGCGACAUGGAGGGAGGAGCAGGAGACCCUCUGAGCUUGUUGUAUAUAGAGGCAUGAUAGAGAAGUAGGUGACCGGAGACAAGUUGGUUCUUGACUGAACUACGUUGAGCACAA